AUGCACUCUAUCUUUCGUUUUAGGCACAUUGGAGCCUACUGUGACUAUAACAAGUGGUAUCAGAGCCCCUUGGAGCAGUUUCGACAAUGGCUGGACCUGAGGAAAGGGGUGGCAGAGGUGCUGGUGGCAGUGGAGAAGCCCAAGCUCAAGGCCAACCUCGUGACUAAGCCAUGGCGCCCGUGCAACCAGGUGCUACCUCCUACUAGGUCAAGUGUUGGGGAGCAGCCAAAUCCGUCACAUCAAGCCUUUCAGCGUGAACCAAAGAAGAGACAAAAGGCAUGGGCUGCUCUCAAGGGUGUGCACGCUCCUGCAACAGCCGCGGUAGCUGUGGUGUUGGAACUGCAAAUGGCGACACUACGAAUUGAAGAGGAUGAAGCGGUUGAAGAAGGGGUGCAGAAAUUCUUUGACUUGUUGACGCGGCUUGAGGGAGCUGAUUUGAACUAUAGUGAGCUCCAAAAGAAGACCAAGUUGCUGGCCCUACUCCUUGAGUCAUGGUCCUCGCUCAUCAUCAACCUUAAUCGCGACUUGCCCCGCCUCUCGCUUGAAGACAUGAAGCGAGCUAUCCUUCAAGAGGAUUUCCGCCGCCGUGAGUUGGCGAGUGCGGAUGGCGCUGGGACAGCGAGCAUCGGCCGUGGAUAUGGUCGAGGAAGAGGUAGAGGACAAGGGGGAGGAAGGUUUGGUGGCAGCAACUUCGGCGGAGGCCGCGGGAGUGGCGGUUACGGCAGCGAUGACAAGAGCUACGGACGCGGUCGCGGCCGAUUCGACGGCGAGUGUCAGUAUUGCCACAAGAGCGGACACAUGUGGCGCGACUGCUACAAACUCCCCGAUGGUUGGACCCCUGCUCAAGGCCAAGAGGGUAGAGGAGCAGGUGGAGGGAGAGGAAGAGGCCGUGGAGGUCGUGGCGGUCGCGGUGGCGGAGCUGCAAACAUGAAGAGCGGAGACAACGACAAGGACCCGAGCGACGAUCGAUACCCGGGUCUAUUCUACUUCGUGUUGACGCAAGUACCGGCUGAUCCAGAGAAGGAUGAAGGCUUUGAGGAGCCAGCAGCUGUGGGGAAGGUGACCCUACACCCCCUGGACUUUUGGGUGAUUGAUAGUGGCGCUACCUAUAGCAUGACACCUCGCCCGGACUUGCUCACUGAACUCGAGCCGUCACCGGUGAAGCAUGUCACAUCGGCUUUGGGGCAGCGAGCAGAGGUGAAAUGCAUGGGGAAGGCCAUGUUCAAGGGUGCUGAUGGGAAGAUGGUGGGCCUCAAGAACGUGAUUUGGGUGCCCAGCCUUGCUGCAAACCUGAUUUCCGUGCGGCGGUUGGCAAAGGCCGGCAUGGACACGAACUCGAAGAGAGCCAAAAUCUACACCGCAAGGCUUGGCGAUCGAAUUCUUUGGGACCUUCAUGAGGACAGGAAUGUAUACAACGAGAUGUGGCAGAUCCUAGUGGUCCCUAUGCCUAAGGAGAGGCAAGUGGCAGCAAGCAUCAGCACCAAGGAUGGAGCGGUUGGUAGCGACGAUGGCGCGAACGGUCGCGCUAAGGAGAAUGAGCUCAAGAAGAGCAAACCUGGAGGGACCAGCAAGUUCAGUGAACCUAAGGAGAGUGGUGCAGCAACCAAGGAGCAGCAAAAGGUUGAGGAGAACCCUAAGGCAGCAGCGGAGGAGGACUACAGAGAGAGUAUGUGGGGCGCUAUUGCGAGCGCGGCAUUCUCCAAUCCAACUUCGGCUACGGGGGAGUGUGAUUGGCUCACCUUGCAUCGGCGCAUGGGGCAUGUGGCCCUGCCCAUCUUGCAGCAGCUAGUGAAGAAUGAGAUGGUUGCUGGCAUACGUGUAAAGGGGGAGCCCAAUGAGGUACUUGGCUGCCCGACGUGCAUGCAAGCCAAGUUCACCCGAUUCCCGUUCUCUAGUUCGGAGGCGACGGCUAAGGCACCGCUUGAUGAGAUAGCUUCGUCCAGUGCAGAGGCUGAGAUCUACGCCGGUGCCAUGGCGGCACAGGAGCUUCGUUAG